GCCAGAUAGGCGACGGCGGCGACGAUGGCUGUCGUCGGAUGUUGCGAGGUCGGCAAAGGCGACCCCGAGGCGGAUCGUCGCCAUCGCCUCGCACUGCGCCACAGCAAAAAUGCCACAUUCCCGGCUAACAAUGCAACGGCACCUGGGAUCGCGCUGCCCGUGUGCCCAUUGUCUGUCGUCAUUCUCGCCAGAGGUGCUUGAGCAGGAUGCGCGCUCUGCUUCAGCACGCGCCCGAGCUACUCGACGAGGGCACUGGCAUCUCGUCUGGACCGUGUCUGGACAUCUGAAGGUCCAUCGCGAUCACAUGAGGCCGCGUGAGAGGCUUUCCGGAGCGGACUUGACCCCUGCUCACACCCCGGCUAAUCCAGAUGAUUGGGCCGAAUGUUUCUCGCCCAUUUUUAGCCCCAAGCAACGUCGUCCUGUCGUCGGUCCAAGACGACGUCCAACUCUCCCACCUUCCUCCAACACGAAAGACACAACCCCUAGCCCGCACUCUAUCCGCCGUGCUCCCUUUAUCCGCGUAGUCCCAAUGUGGCAGCAACACCGCUGCGGUGCGCGCUCUUUUUGGAUGUCGCGGAAAACUUCUGGAAUCCACAUCGCGGGAUGCCAUGCCGCGACACGACAUGCUCGAGGCCCAACAACAGGCGCCCUCCCUGGAGCACAGCGCUGGCCUCGCUCGCAUGCGGCGUGUGGUGCUCGCGGCGGCCGCCUGCGGGUUGCCUGCGCGCAUCUGAUCAGGCCCCAUCUGCAUGGUCCACCGUGAGCCGACCUUCAGCUGGUAUGACAGUUAUCGAAAAGUUUCUCAAUAUGCUUUUGCCAUUUCCACAAGCAGGCCGCAGUGGCUCUCAUCUCCGCCUGCGCAUUCUAGAUGGCGUUAUGGCAGCCAUGAGGGCAUCGCAAUUUUGCUCGCUUUGGCUCCACCUAUCCACGCGCUUCAACGGCGUGCGCAACGCGGUCGCGGUGUCGGUCGGUCAGCUUGGAUCCGACUAGACCUGCAGCUGCAUCGUCGCCAUAUAUGCACGACAAACAAGCUAGAUGCGCAGCGCAGCCAAACGGGGCAGUGUGCAUGAUAGACCCUUGCCGAGCUCUGUGGCCGCGCCGAGUGGGCCAUGAUCUUCCCCUCGUCAGCGCUCUUAAGAAAGAUGGCACCCUCC